AUGGGAGCCUGUGCAAUUCUGGGGCUGGCCCUCUGCCUCCUGCUGGGGCCGCUUGUAGGGGCCAAGCCUGUACAGGAGCAGGGAGACCCCUACGCAGAGCUGCCGGCCAUGCCCUACUGGCCUUUCUCCACCUCUGACUUCUGGAACUAUGUGGAAUACUUCCAGACCCUGGGGGCCUACCCCCAGCUAGAGGACAUGGCCCGCACCUUCUUUGCCCACUUCCCCCUGGGGACCACCCUGGGCUUCCAUGUCCCCUAUCAGGAGGACUGAGCAGCGUCCAGCCUGGGGCCUGCCUUCCCUGUCUGCACUUGGCCAGGCCU